CUUGGAACCUUUAAUUCAAAAGCUCGCAUUUGCAUAUUUUCAUUCUCUCUCUCUCUCUCUCCGCUUGUCUUUUCUAUGCUUUCUUUUUCUUUUCCAGCUGCUCCUGGAAUUUUCUUCUCAAAACCCUAGAUUUCAAAAUAAUCUGGGGUUUUAUUUUCUUUUCAUUUUGAGGUGUUAUGGCAUAGUUUUAGGUUGUUAAGCUUACUGGUUUUGUGUAGCUGUCCUUUUUUUGUAUUCUCCUUCACAUUUGUUCUCAAAACAACUUCUUUUGUUGGAUGCUGAAGGUGAAACUGCUAGCUGUUUAACAUCAUUUUCUGUCUUUAUUUUAGUGGGUUUAGGUUGAAUUUCUUGUUGAGUUGUUUUGAUCCUCUAUUCAAACACAAAAACCCCUGUAAAACCCUUUUUCUGAAAAUCCUAUGUUCAUAUUUUGGAGAUUUAGGGCUUUCAUUUCCUUGUCUCUUGUCAGUCUUAAAUGAAAGAUAUGAAAUUCUUCUUGUUUUUAUAGCUUUUCCUCUAUUUAGGGAAAACCCUUGCAAAACCUUUUUCAUGAACUUCCCCUUUGGCUCUAUACUUUGUUUAGUUUUUGUAACCCAUGAUUCAGUUUAGAAGUUAGGCUUAAAGGGUCUAAAGACACAAGUUUUAGCCAAACCAGGAAGAGGGGAAGAAGAAAAGGGGUGAAGUAUUGCUAUUGUAAUCUUGCACUGUAGCUCUCAUUAAAUGCAUGGAUGGAAGAGAAGCCAUGGCAUUAGCUAGUGGGUCAGCACCAUAUUUCAUUCAUAGAGGAGGUGGGAUUGGUGGGUCUGGGUCUGGAUCUCAAACUGGUGCAUUACAUACCCCACCUGGGUUCAGACCCUUGUCAAACCCCAAUCUAGCAGCUCAAUCAAAUGCCAGGCCAGGUUCAUUUGGCCCAGCGUUUUCAAUAGAGCCAUCAAAUGCCAAUUUCGGUCAUGGCAUUAACAUCGCUGUGCCCUCUGGGGUGCCAGUGGGUGAACCAGUGAAGAAGAAGCGAGGGAGGCCCCGGAAAUAUGCUCCUGAUGGGCAAGUUUCUCUCGGAUUGUCUCCAAUGCCAGUAAAGCCUAAGCCUUCUUCAGGGCAGGAUCCAUUGACCCCUAAACGGGCCAGAGGGCGUCCACCUGGGACUGGGAGGAAGCAGCAAUUGGCUCUUCUUGGUGACUGGAUGAAUAGUUCUGCUGGACUAGCCUUUUCACCGCAUGUGAUAUGCAUUGGAGCAGGAGAGGAUAUUGUUGCAAAAAUACUGUCAUUUGCUCAACAGAGGCCAAGAGCAGUUUGCGUCUUGUCUGGAUCUGGUACAGUUUCUUCAGUAACCUUGCGUCAGCCAGCAUCUUCAGGGCCUGCUGUCACAUUUGAGGGCCGAUUUGAGAUACUAUGCUUGUCUGGUUCGUUCUUGGUUUCUGAAGAUGGUGGCCCUCGUGAUCGAACUGGUGGUAUUAGUGCUUCUUUUUCUAGUCCUGAUGGUCAUGUCAUUGGUGGUGCAAUUGGAAUGCUUAUUGCAGCAGGGCCAGUUCAGGUGGUGGUGUGUAGUUUUGUGCAUGGAGGUUCUAAGAGCAAGGAUAAACAGGUUGGCCGCCCGAGACUUAAUAAAGACUCCACAUCCCAGCCUGGUGAUAAGUCAGCUGCCCCAAAAUCUGCUAUCACUAUGAAUCUACCGCAAAAUUUCACUGCCUCUCCAAUGAACGUUUGGCCGGUUUCACGAUCAGGUGACCUGAGAAACCCACACACUGAUAUUGACUUGACGCAAGGAUGACUGCUGCAACAGACAUGUGGCAAAAUUUUUGUACAUAUGUUGUUGUAUAUGUACUGAAUCUGGUGAUAAUUUUGAACAAUUUGGGUUCCACCUUGUCUCCUUGCUAAAUGGCCAUGUCCAUUGUGAUUGUGCUAACGUAGUUUGUAACAGAAGUCAUCAUUUUAAGACUGCAAACUUACAAUUGAAACUCGUUGAAAA